GAGAGAGAGAGAGAGAGAGAGGAAAAAGGGAGAGAGAGAGAAGUUCGAGGUGCAACGCGCGGAGCGAGAGCGGAGGAAACGGCGCGGUUUCGGCUUCGGAAAUGGCCGCGGGAAAGUAGAGAGCGGCAUAGCGUUUCGUCGAGCGGUUGUCGGCCGGUGAAGCUCGAAGAGAACAGUUUUUGGAGCGAAGCCAUCGCUCGCUUCACCAUCCCGGCUCAUCGUCGUCAUCAUCAUCGCGCGCGCGCGCGAGAUCGAUUCACGGACUGGACGAUCUUGGAGGCUCCAGAGUGCGAGAGAUGUAAGAACGACAGACAGAGGAUGGCCGGCGACGACGGGACAACCAUGAACAAUGACAUUCUUGGCGCACAGGACGGCGCGGAGGAGGGGCAGAGUACGUCAACGCGAGGGGAGCUGCAUUCCAGAGUGGGCGGCAUUCUGGAAUGCGAUCCCCCCGGUAACAGGAAUUCGUCGAACGAGCGAGCAGCCGCCGACGACGACGAGGACGGUGUCUGCCGAUAUGCGGUUGGCGCUGCCAACCGCGCUAUGUCUUUCUUCGAAAUGUGUCAGCUUCGACUUCAGCAUCUCUUUCCACAAUUGGGCUCGACACCGCGAUACAACAUUCAUGACGAUUGCAUAGAAACGACCGCGGAGAGUGUAGCAAACGAUGUAAUACGGUACUUGUUGAAGGAGGAUAUAUAUCUCAUAUCCCAGGAUCCAGUGUCCCGUAGUAUGAGGCACAAUGUAUAUCAAAUGCUCAACAAGCAUAGCAUUCUCUUCACGAGUAUGGUGAACCGUUUGAACGUCGUUCCUGACACUGCCUAUGAAACAUUUAUGGGAAUUGCCAACGAACUGUUCUUACACGGCGUUAUUACAUGGGCUAGAAUUGUUUGCUUGUACGCUUUCAUGGGCAGAUUAGCCUUAUGGGCUAGAGACAGAAGAAUGCACAGUCUUAAGAGGAAGUUGCCACUGUAUGUUUCUAGAUACGUUGGCGAAAAUAUAACGCAUUUCAUUAAAGGAUACGGUGGGUGGGAGCAAUUGUGCGUAGAAUAUCCUGUGGCUGAAGAAAUUGGUGGUGCAAUUUGGAGGAGUCUCUUAAUGACAGGAGCCACUCUUGGUUUGAUCGCUACAAUCUUGUCGGUGACUUCCUGAUGGAGCCUCAGAAAUCUUGUGGUUUGAGUAUGUUUUGUCCACGAAAUCACGGCGUACUUACGUUCUAUGAAAACACGUGCAAAAAAGAAAUGUGAACAAAUUUUUUAAUUAUAACGUACGUACAAUAUUGCAACAUUUCACACGAACAUUGGAACGAUUCGAUUGAAAUGGAGAGUUUGCUACAUCUAUAUGAGAAACAUACAAGAUUAACAAAAGAUAAUUCAACGCGUUGACACACAUAAUUUUCAUAUCAACGUCACUCUGCUUAGAAUCGUCCUACUUUUUAUAUAACUCCAGCCAGCAUAUAUAGCAUGAGCGACAGACAAUGACGCUAGUUUCCUAUUACAAUACCUUAUAAUACACAAACUAGUGAAAUUAUAUAUGUAUAGUAAACAGAA